GCGAUGCCAUUGACUCUCAUCCUCCUCCUGUGUUUCUUGCGAACGUACUGACGGUUCUUAAUCCGCGGUACGGGGGUCGACGCUCCGCCAGGAUUCGCGAAUAUGUCGAGCGUAAUAACUCUGCCGAUCCGCCUUUCGGCUCGCAUUUUGUCACUUCUACGCGGGCUAGUAUUGCACGGACCGAGCUUUGUCGUCAAUGAUCUCCCCGCAUACCUCGAUUUGAUCAACUCCUUCAAUGGCGUUGGCCUGGAUGAUCGCAAGUUCCUCCUGGAGAAAAUCCUCACCGUCCUCUCACGCGCCCCAGAGGAUUCCGCUCUCGCGCGCGAGUUUGAGGGGCUCGUCAUACGCCUCUUGUGGCGCGACCUGCCGCAUCCUCCUCUAGGCUACUUCUUUAUCCCUGACGGUGUCCCUGCGCCUAUUCCCGAAUCCACUUCCAGCAACACAAGACGGUAUGCAUUCCGCAGCGCGGAUGGAUCGAACUACAACGUGCACAUGCCGACGCUGGGCAUGGCUGGCAUGCCUUACGUCCGAAAUGUUCCCUCUACGAGCGGGACUCUGAACAAGUCUCUUCCCAAAGCUGAAGCUAUAUUCGACGAGCUCCUGAAGAGGGACGAUUUCACUGAACAUCCCGGCGGACUCUCGGGUCUGUUCUUCGCGUUCGCGAACGUUGUCAUUCAUACAAUCUACAACACGAAUUAUGCUGACUGGAUGGUGAAUGACGCAAGCAGCUACGUCGAUCUCAGCCCGCUCUACGGAAGCUCCCAGGCUGAGGUUGACAGUGUCAGGCGCAAGGAUGGAACCGGCCGGCUGUGGGAGGACGUGUUCGCCGACAAACGACUACUCUUCAUGACGCCUGCUACAUGUGCCCUUCUCGUCCUCUUCUGCCGCAAUCACAACUAUGUGGCCGGUCGGAUCUAUACCGAAAACGAAUUCCGCACCUUCAGGGAACCUGUGAUGCUCAACGACAAAGAGCGUGCGAUGCAGGACGACGAGAUAUUCCACCGCGCGAGACUCGUUAAUUCCGCUUUUUUCGCGCAGAUCGUCCUAGGUGACUAUGUUGGCGGGAUUCUCGGGCUCACACGAGAUGGCUUGUCUUGGAGGCUCAAGCUACUUGAGUCUAUGCGGGAUAUCAACCGCGCGUGGACCCCGCAGGGCGAGGGAAACGUCAUAUCUGUGGAGUUCAACCUCAUGUAUCGCUGGCAUGCCACGAGCUCUCAGGAUGACACGAAGUGGAUGGACAAGUUCUUCAGCAAUUUGUUCCACGGAAAACCAAAUGACCAGAUUACGAUCAAUGAUUUCAAGGAGGCCGCGAGGGGGGUUAUGUCGAAGACGCCGAAGGACGUGAGGAAGAGGAGCUUCAACGAGCUCAAGCGUGGCCCGGAUGGCCGUUUCUCUGACGAGGAACUCGCCCAGAUCUUGUUCGAUGCGACGGAAGCUCCCGCCGCUGCGUUCAAGGCGCGCGGUAUACCUGAAUCACUUCGUAUCAUCGAGAUCAUGGGCAUCACGCAGUCGAGAAAAUGGGGGACAUGUUCGUUGAACGAGUUUAGGAGGUAUCUUGGGUUGAAGCCGUACAAGGACUUCGACGAGUGGAAUCCGGACCCGAAGGUCUAUACGGCGGCAAAGAGGCUGUACGGCGACAUAGAGAACCUUGAGUUAUAUGUCGGUAUGCAAGCGGAGGAAGCGAAGGUGGCCAUGCCUGGUGCUGGGCUCUGCCCCGGCUUCACGAUCUCGCGAGCGAUCCUCGCUGAUGCCAUCGCGCUCACACGGGGCGACAGAUUCCUGACGCUCGACUUCACGCCGUUCAACCUUACAUCGUGGGGAUACAACGACUGCAUGUACGACAAGCGGGAUGGGUCGAUUGGCGGGAUCAUGGGCAGGAUGCUCGCGCGCACGCUGCCGGGGUACUACCCCGCCCACUCGGCGUACACGGCCUUCCCGUUCAUCGUGCCGCAGACGAUGAAGGGAUACAUGGGCAAGCUGCCGGACAGGGAUGUGAAUGAGUAUGAUUGGGAGAGGCCGAGGGGCCCUGCGCAUGGCAAGAAGGCGGCGCUGGAGCUGUUGAAGGCGAAGAUAAAUGGGAAUGGCGCGGGGAUGAUGUAGUGGGCAUUGGGGAAGGGACUGCCAGUGUAGCAUACUGUCCAAGGCUCUCAAAUAGUCUCCGUUGCAAACCAAUAGAGCCCGCAGAGUCUCUGUG